AUCCAGUUGUUGCAGGAGAACUAUGUUCAUAAAUGCUGACGUUAUCGUGUACUAAGCGUUCUAAUGGCUGUUGGUUCUGAUAAUAUAAACACGGCGUAGCACUGGGAAAAGUGGCUGUAACGUAAAUAUAGUGAUUAAUGUAACAGUUUUGUGGAAAAAUAACACCACCACAAUGUUAAAGAGAGGACAUAAGCACACACUGUGCGAGUCAGAUACUUCAUCAGAAGAUGAGGAUUCCUCGAGCUCUUCGGCGAGAAGACCAAAUAAACAGUCCCGCUUGAGCAUAGAUUUGAAGAGCAAAGAUCUUUCUGAUAACGAAGAUGGAGGUGGUGGGUGGGACGUUAUUAAUGCAAAAGAGCAGACUGAUGAGACUGGAGGCGUGGCAAACACCAACACCAAUUACAGUGUCUUUGCCCAACGGAUGAUGAAAAAUAUGGGUUAUGAGGAAGGUAAAGGACUGGGCAAGUAUGGCCAAGGUCUUGUAGAUCCAGUAGAGGCAAGCAGACAGAGAGGACGCAGAGGUCUGGGUCUUCGACUUGAAGGUCUUGAGGCCUCUACCAACUUAAACUGGGACGGCAAACAGGAGCAUGUUGAAGUUGAAGAAGAAAUUUCAUGGCUGCCACACUGCACUAAUGCACCUCCAGAUUAUGACACACUUUUAUCGUGGUCCAGAGAUGACAAGAAGAAGCUCGAUAUUUCUGAUGAAACUAACUUCUGUGACCCCAAAAUUCUUGAGGGUAUACUCAAUGCAAAAUCAAUAUUUGAUCAGCUUGAUGGACGGGAACUACAGAGAGCUCGAUCACGAAGUAAUCCCUUUGAAACACUCGGGAAACUUUUCUUCCAAAACAGAGCUGCUCUCAAGAUGGCUAACAUGGAUUGUGUGUUUGACUUUAUGUUUACAAGGCCCAAGAAUGAAGCUGGGGAAACUCUAAUUGGUCCAGAAGAUUUACUGUAUUUUGCUGAUGUGUGUGCAGCCCCUGGAGGGUUCUCAGAGUAUGUAUUAUGGCGCCGGAAAACAGACUCUGGUGGUUUCUGUGAUGCAAAGGGCUUUGGUUUUACCCUUAGAGAGAAUGACUUUAAACUUCAUGACUUCUUUGCUGCACCAGCAGAGUUUUUUGAACCUCAUUAUGGUAUAAAUGGGCAAGAGGGUGAUGGAGAUGUGUUUAAGCCAAGCAACAUUACAAACUUUGUUAAGUUUGUACGAACGACGACUAAAGGAAAAGGUGUUCACUUCAUGAUGGCAGAUGGAGGGUUUAGUGUUGAGGGCCAAGAGAACAUACAAGAAAUAUUAUCAAAACAGUUGUAUCUUUGUCAGUGCAUAGUUGCAUUAGGAAUAGUGAGAACAGAUGGCCAUUUUGUGUGCAAACUUUUUGAUGUGUUCACAACAUUUAGUGUUGGCCUAGUGUACCUGAUGUAUCGCUGUUUUAAAUAUGUUUGUCUCCAUAAGCCCAACACAAGCAGACCUGCAAAUUCAGAAAGGUAUAUUAUUUGCAAAUGGAAACGGGAUGACGUAGACAAUGUCUAUAGAUAUCUGUUUGAAAUGAAUGAGCGACUCAUAGGAUUGAGUUCAUCCAUGGAUGUGACAGAAUUGGUACCUCUUGAGCACCUCAGAGCUGAGAAAGAAUUCUUUGAUUACAUUUGCACAUCAAAUGAUGAGUUAGGGUUCCGUCAGAUGGUGAGCUUGCGAAAAAUUCAAAUCUUUUGCCAGGAUACUCAAAUGAUUGAAACACGACAAUCAGACCUUCGUAUCAAGUCUCUUGAGCUCUGGCAGUUGCCAGACAGAACUCGUAUAGCACCACAGCGUUCAGAGGCAAAAGUAAAGUUUGUUGAACUAAUAGAUGGAGAAAACUGUGAAUAUAUGUCACGAGCCCCUGAGGAUCUAACAGUUGCCAACCUUUUGGAAAAGCUACGCAGUGCCUAUGACUUUCGUUGUGUUCUCUUAGCUUCUACUAGAGAUGGUCGUAAAGAUAGAGCUUUUUAUUUAGGUCUAGGGGGACGCAAUGUCUUUCGAUGGGAAGGCAGAGGUUAUUCAUCAUGGAUGCGUGUGGAUACCAGACUGGAACUUCCUCCUGACACUCUGGUUUAUGCUGAAAUAGUCACAGAACACCGGGGUGAACACAAGGCCCAGAGAAAAUUGACCACACUUCAUUUUAUAGAUGGCUUAAUUUUAAAUGGAAAAGAUAUAAGAAAUCUCCACAUUGUUGAAAGGCACACAUAUCUGAAGAAGUUUGCAUUGGCUCUGAACAAGACAAGUCGACCAGAUCUUGCACCCAUAAGAUGUAAACAGCUGUACAAACUAGAAACUCUAGAGGAAUUUCUUUCGCCUCAGCGAUUGCACCACCGCCUCAUGAAGGGAAGCCCAGUACCAAAAAGAGUGUUCACAGAGGUGGAAGGUGAUACAGAUCGUGACACAUUCUACACAGUCCCAACUGGUCUCUUGCUCCUCAAAGCAACUAAGGAACCUUGGAUGAUGGCAUUCAGUAAAAGUCAAAAUCGGAAAUAUUGGUACAACACUUUAACUCGACAAUCAACCUUCGAGUGUCAACAAGAUGUUAUAGCCCCUUUCAAAUCAUCAUACAGUGGAGGAGUUGUAUGGUGGUGGGAUAGCGGUGUUCAAGUCUUGGAUUCUGACGAGCCUACUAAAGGCAAGCUUAAUCGAAAUGACAUUAUAAGCCACCUUGCUGCUCAUCGCUAAAUCAGCUGUGUAAUAACUUACAUCAAGUCCUGUCCUAGAAUAUGCCUUCAUCACAUUUCUGACAUGUCAUCUAAGUUAUGAGAUUCCUUGAGACCCAAGAGCUAUCACAACUUUAAAUAUUAUGGAUAAUUAUAAUUAAUUAUUGAAAUAAUGGUUAAAUUUUUAAGCAGUGCUAAUACUUUUGUAUAAUUAUGUUCACUCAGCUAACUGGGUCCCAUUCUUGUUAUUUGUCAUCUUUUAUUUGUGAGACUAAUAAAUUUAUACAAAUUAUUGAAAAGUUUUGCAAUGGAAUAUUUCAUGGUACAAUACAGGGAGUGAAUGUGCUUUUGUAUGAUUACCUACAUAUCUUAUGUAUUUCAUGAUUCUUAAGAUGUGUGAAUCUUUUCUUAUCUUGUUUCCUUAGCCAGGAAACUGCCACCUGUGAAACUUAAUAAAAAAUUAUUUUGUUUGUUGGUUA